UCUCCAGAGAAAAGGACUAAAGGCAGAAACGUGGAGUCUGCCUCAAGUGGCCAUUAGAGGAACUGCAGCUUUUGAUACUCAGGCGGGCGUUUCAUUUUUCAGCUCUGGAGUUUAAUGAUGGAUGAGGCCCGUUGUCUAUCUGUGAAACCUCUUUAAUAUCAAAACAGCAUUUUUUAAAAAAUGAAUUAAACAUCUGUCUUUUAAUUUGGAGUAAUAUUGUCUAAAUCUCUUGCUGCUGUUAUAGGUUUUGAUCUUCUUUGUUAUUUUUUUAUCUCAGGUGUUUGUUGCAGUUUAUUUUCUUUUUUACAAAUGAUUCUUGUUGCAUCAAUCCUUUUGACUCUUUGUGCUUUUUUUCAGGAAAAUGGUGAACUUAAAAACAUUUUGCAGACGUAUCUGUCUGAGGAGAUCGACCAAGACCAAGAUGUGAAGAAGGAAGGCCUGGAUCCAAAUUUUGACAUCGAAACAGAGGAGAAAAUCAAAAUCAUUCAAGACCAAUACAUGAAGGACAUAGCAGAGAUUGAGAAGACGCAGGAGGAGUUAAAGAUGAAAUUGCACGAACUGAGAAAACAUCGGGAGCGAGACGAGCAGCAGCUCCGUGACCAGAUAAGAAGCCAAGUUAAAGCCGCCGCGGAGCAGCUGCGCAUGGAUAUGCGGAGAGGAGAGGAGACACACACGGAUGUUCAGGAGGAUCUUCAGGAGGAUGUUCAGGAGGAUGUUCAGGAGGAUGUUCAGGAGGAUCUCUGCCAGGAGCUGCAGCUCUCCUCUCUGAUGCACAGCUGAGCCUCACACACCUGUCGCCUUUUUGUUUUAUCAGUAAAAACAAAUAUUGGUGUUUAUUAGUUACACAACCAAAUGAUACGACUACACACGUGUCUGUGUUUGUUUGCUUUGUUUUUCUUCAUCUUGUUAUUGUUGACAUUUAGAUUUUUCAGACCGUGUGUAAGACUUCACACAUGCAGGAGGGUCCUCUGUACACUACAGCCUCUAGAGCUGAUAUUUAUGGUUGUUGCUACGAAAUCAAUAAACAAAUAAAUACAAAUCAUAAGGUA